AUGCAACUUUCAGUUCUUUACUUGGCGCCGCCACCGUCCUUACUCACCUCCCUACCGGCUCCGUCGACAGGAAAGCCUUAUGCCGCUCUGGGCGUCACCUGCAUGGACAACUCCGCAAACUGUUUAGCCACCAUCUGGAAUCCCACCAGCCAUUGCCAGGACGCCUUGUCUCUGCCGUCUGAUUCCCAUCCAUCUGUUGUGGAUAACCUCGGUUCGGAGAUGGCCGAUGACACAAACAUCAGAUCACUUGUGGUGAUUUACUCGAGGAAGAAGCUCAUCGGAGAAGCUGUCAGUUCUCGCAAACUCACACGGAUAGCGGCGAUUGCAGGUCUCGUGGCCGUACUAAAUGAAGAUGGAGAGGUCUACAUUUGUCAUAUCCACCGACUACUUGCAUCCCCCCGGUCUUCGUUUUGUCUGCGUCAAUCUGCCGGGCUGGCUGCCCGCUCACCGACAGUCUGGACCCGUGUGGCUAUUGAAGACACUGUCUACGCCGUGACAACAACCUUUCCAGAGUCCUUCGUUGCGUCGGAUUCGCCGCGCUCAGAGCUCUUCAGUUUGGACUCCUUUGCCCAGGCGGAUGCUGCCCUGCCUGGAAUAGUCCUCCUAACGCGUCCUGGAGGCGACAUGCGUGGUCUGGCACUCCUUACCGCCCGUCUUCAACACCGUCGCCACCACCACCACCACAGUCACCGAUCCACAAAGCGGGCAGGCUGCAGCCGCAGCCCUGUCUGUCGAACCACCGUCUGUAAAACCCCUCCUACCCCUGCUACAUCCCUUUGUGGUGGAGGUCUCCCAAGGCACCUUUGA